AUGCACUCGCACCUUCGACCUAUUACCAAGCGGGUUAGACUAUCUGUUUUGCUUGCCUUGAUUCUGCUGCUUGCCUUCUUCGCAUUGUUGAACCAGCCUGCCGCAGUUGGGCUGCAAGAACCUUUCCGAUACAACGAGCCCCAGCAAGGAUCCGAGGUAUUGACUGCGUUGCCUGAGCUUGCCGCCUCCAGCAGGCCGGAGCAACAAGGACCAGAGCCCGAGUUCUGCACCCAACGCUUCGGUCCCGACUAUCUCUACGGUCUCCGCGACCGCGCCAUCCAGUACUGCUCGCCGACGUCGACAUCUUCGGCCGCGGUUGCAAAUCUAACUUGCUUCCACAGCCGUACUCAGAACCGAGACGAUGCCUUCUGUUUCGCCCAGGGUGCAGUGCUAGAUCCCCAGACCAAAACCUUCAACCUUGAUUGCGACGUGCGCCGUCCUACCGCCAGUGAAUCCUCGCGUGGCAUUAUCCCCUUUACCGGCAUCAAAGGCUACUGGUAUGAUACCGGCCCGGGCGUCUUGUUCCAAAAGUAUAUCAAGGUGGCACAUCGCUCUUCGGCCUCCUCUACGCCAGAACAGAUCCAGCCCAGGCCAUCUCAAGCCCGACCUAUCAUCUCUAUCCUCUUGAAGCGCGAAGGUGCCUUGAACAUCUGGCACUCCCUUAUGGAGCUGUGGUCUAUGACUUUGUCCCUUGACGUACUGCGCCUAACCCCUGACCCCGCCGACCCUACAAAGCCUUUCCUUCAUAUUCCUGCCGACGCCCUUAGAACCCAAGUCGUCUUCUUGGACGAUCAUCCUGAAGGGCCGCUGUACCCGUUAUGGGGCAUGUUUGCUGGGCGUGAGCCCGUCCGUCUCGCAAACAUCUUGGAGGAUCCGGCCCGGUCCCAAGCCUUUGCCGAGACACCCCAGAACCUCGUCAUCCCGCUUGCGGGCUCAAGCAACCCUACAUGGCAGAACGACUGGGAGGAGCGGGAUUGCAGAGAUGCGCCUCUGCUGAGGCUCUUCACCCGGCGCAUCAUGCACCACUUUGGCAUCCUCCAGGAGACCGGACGACGGCCGACAGAGGUCCGCAACGUCACCCUCAUCGACCGAAGGGGUUCCCGCAAGCUCCUGGACCAAGACGCCCUGCUGGGCGCCGCCCGAGCCAAGUUCCCUGACGUCAACUUCCAGGCCUUUGACUUUGGCGCGCUGUCGUUCCCUGACCAGAUCCGCGUGGUGCAGUCUACCGACGUCCUGGUCGGCGUCCACGGCGCCGGCUUGACGCACACCAUGUUCCUCCGCGAGGGCGGCGCCGCGGUCGUCGAGAUCCAGCCGUCCAGCAUGUCCUACAAGGGGUUCCGCAACAUGGCGCAGAUGAUGGGUCAGGCGUAUGUGAGCGCCCACGCCGAAAUGGCCGGGGCCGAGGAUCGGAGAAGAAACAUUGCAAAGCGGGACCGAUGGCACUGGGCCGACGUCCGUAUUGGGGAGGACCAAUUCCUUGAGUUGAUUACUGAAGCCAUAGAGUCCUUUCGCGGUCGAGGGACAUGA